AUGGCUCAACUCCUGAGAAGCAUACUCACCUUGGUCAAAGUGUUCCAGAAAUAUGCUAAAGAGAAUGGGGAUUGUAACUCAUUGAACAAGAAGGAGUUGAAGCAUCUGCUCUUGACUGAGUUUGGAGACAUCCUCCGGUGUCCAAAUGACCCAGAGACUGUGGAAACCAUCCUGAAACUCUUGGAUAGAGACAGAAAUGAAUGUGUUGACUUUCGUGAAUAUCUCCUGAUGGUGUACCAACUGGCCCAAGCCUGCUAUCAUAAGCUGGAUGAUGGGUCAUUGGGAGAUAGCACUGCCCAUCAAAAAGAAGAGCAGGAGGGAACAAGAGACUUUGAGUUUCCAGGAAAUACAUGCAGACAACCAAGACAGAGGCAUGAAGAAGAAAGACAAGACUCCCACUGUGGUCAUUCUGAGAGACGAAAGAGAGACUCCCAUCGUGGUCAGUAUGAAAGACAAGAUAGGGACUCACACUGCAGGCAGUCUAAGAGACCAGAUAGGGACUCUCACUGUGGUCAGUCUGAGAGACAAGGAAGAGACUCCCAUCAUGGUCAGUCUGAGAGACCAGGUAGAGAAUCCCACUGUGGUCAAUCUGAGAGACGAGAGAGAGACUCCCAUCGCAGUCAGUAUGAAAAACAAGAUAGGGACUCCCACUGUGGUCAGUCUGAGAGACAAGGAAGAGACUCCCAUCGUGGUCAGUCUGAGAGACAAGAUAGGGACUCACACUGUGGUGAUUGUAGGAUACAAGAAAGCUUUGGUCAAAAAUUAUAUCAUAAAUCUAGUAGUGACCAGUCUAGAAGGCCAGAAUACAUCCUUGCCUUAAAUCAAUAUGAAGAACAAGUUCAAACUUCUGGUUAUGAUCAAUCUGAAAUGCUUAGACUACAAUCAAGUUAUGAUCAGUCUAGAAAACUAGGGGAGGAUUCUUACUCUACUGAUUCAAAUCAACAGGAAACAGGCUUUUAUAGACCAUCUAGGAGGCUGGGUCAGGAAUCAGGUCAUGGCAACAGAGAUAGCCAAGAAAGUGAUUCUCAAUAUGUCCAGAUAGUCAAACAAGGCCAGAGUUCCCAUUAUGGUCAGACAGAAAGACAAGGUCUAGGAUCUCAGUACGGUCAGACAAAUAGACAAGGUCAGAAUUAUGGUCAGGCAGGCAUACAAGGCCUAGGAUCUCAGUAUGGUCAGCAGACAAAUACACAAGGCCAGAGUUAUGGUCAGGCAGGCUCACAAGGCCUAGGAUCCCAGGGUGGUCAAAUUGGCAGACAAGGCCAGAAUUAUGGCCAGACAGACAGACAAGGCCUGAGCUCUCCAUAUGGUCAGUCAGCUACUGGGGAAAUUAGGCAAAAUAGAUACUUCCAAGGGAGUGAGGGGACUAACAGAGACUCGUAUGUUGAACAAUCAGGGAGGUCUGGGCAGCGAAGUCAACAGACUCAAGGAUACAGAUACCAGCCUAGGGAAGUACAGUGGACCAACUACCAGGCCUGGGAGAGUGAGGAGGAUAGCCUCCUCCCCCAACACAAACUCGUGGCACAAAUCCAGCAAGAAAGGUCAUCAUGCAGUAGUGGGCAGGGCCACAGACAGACCCAGUCCAGGCAGAGUUGCAGUGAGGGGCAGAGCCACCAGAAAGAAAAGCACGGCCAGCAAAGUCUGGAUAGAUAUAGUCACGAGGGUAGGGGAAGUCCAUGUGAGGCACGAGGCAGGCAAAGUCAUGAAGAACACAGCCAUCAGACAGGAAGAAGGCAAUCCUAUGUAGAACACAGCCAUCAGACAGGAAGAAGGCAAAGCCGUGGAGAGGAAGAGAGCUGUCAGACAAGGGGCAGCCAAAGUCAUGAAGAACAUAGUCAUCAUACAGCAAGCAGGCAAACCUAUGGAGAACACAGCCAUCAAACAAGAAGGCAAAGCUGUGGAGAGGAAGAGAGCUCUCAGACAAGGGGCAGGCAAAGUCAUGGAGAACACAGCCAUCAGACAGCAAGGAGACCAAGCCAUGGAGAGCAAGAGAGCUGUCACACAAGGGACAGGCAAAGCCAUGGAGAACACGGCCAUCAGACAGCAAGCAGGCAAUCCUAUGGAGAACACAGCCAUGAGAUAAGGGGCAGGCAAAGCCAUGAGGUAGAUCACAGUUGUCACCAGCAGGAUAGGCACACCCGUGAGGAGGAAGAGAGGUACCAAGGACACCAACAAUCCCAUGGGAUAGCACACGGGGGCUGUAUGACCAGAGGAACAUUCCACAGGAAUGAUGAUGUCCAGAGACCAGGCUCACAGGGGAGGGGCAGUGGUAUGAGCCUCCACCCACCCCAGCGCUGUGGGAAACCCCAAAUAAGCCAACAGUGUGGAAGCCAGAAUCCCAAAACAGCCGUUGGUAUCCAUCCCCUCUAUGACUACGUGCAAGAGCAGAAAGCACAAGUACAAGAGCAGAAAGCACACGAGCAUGAGGCUGCUCAUGAGUGCUGAAGCAAUAAGAAGCCAAGGGAAGAGUUCUCUGUGUCGAGUUCAUCUGUUUAAGAGGUUGAAAAAAUAUGAUUUCCUCCUUUCCUAUGUUCUAUCUAUAUGCUAGGAUGUUUUUGAGAGCUAGUAUUCUCUUUUAGGGUAUUUCAGUUCUUUGAGCAGCAAGCAUUUCUCGGGCUUUCCAACUGGGUGAAAUGUGAAUGGUAAAUUGGGUGAAAUAAUCAGAUCCCAAUUUGGAUUAAUUUGGGGAUUUAAAUCAUUUCUGUUCGCCCUCCAUAUAAAUGGGAUAUGCUUGGAUCAUUAAGGGGUAGAAACUUCUCCCAAAAGUUCAGAAACAAACAAGAAAGGUAUUCUGAAGACAUACACCAUAGUCCAAAGAGAGGACACCUGGAAUUUGAUGAACUUUGGCUCCAGUGGAUGAAGCAUCAGGAAUCACAAACCUGAAUUAAAAUGAAACACAGUGACAGACUGGUUGAUGGAAGAGCCAGAGACCUCAGAGGGCAUCUCGGAUGUCACUAACACGUCCACUCCCAAGCUUCUAUUCCUUAUCAGAGGUCCUGUCUACUAAGCUUGUAUCACUUGAGCUAACUAAACUGAGUUCUACUCAAUCCCUUUCAGUUUCUGAUAAAAUAAAAUAUAGAGAAAGCAUAUGCCAUCUGUUUGUGGAAUCCAAGAAGCCAAAAUUGUCAGCCCAUAGCUCCUGGGCCUGGAAACCCUUCACAAGAAAAUGUAUGGAAUUGUAUUAAAACCCCAAUAAAUGAUUGGUGAGCAAUGAAA